CUAAUUAUUUCUCCGUUUUCUACUUUUUUUCAGCUUCUAUAUUUCUCAUUUUUUUCCACCCACGUUUCUUAAUCUGUCUCUAAUUUCUUAUUUAUCCUGCUCGUUAAACGAACAGGAAAAUGAAAGCGACGUUACAAAUAAAAGGAUCCUUUCUUCCUUUUGAAAUAAGAUAUUAUAUAAGAAAAUGGGUUCAUAUUUCUGAAUGAAGACGAAAAUUACGGUUAUUUUCAUUUCUCUUCAUUUUUCAUUCGUACACUUGCUUCCGCAAAAACCUUUUACGUACAAAUACUAUCAAAUGCUUACAUGCCUCGCGUUUUUAUUUCUUUCACCGAUCAAGAAAGAUUAGGUUGUUUGUUCCGAUAAACGUGCUUUCAAAGAGAUCUGUUCGCAAUUAAGUUUUAAAUUGAAAUUAACUAUCGUUUGGGUCGGAAAACACCGCAGAGUUGUGCAAAAAUACUCAAGCUCUUUUUUUCGAAUGUUUGUUAAGGUUCUGUCCAUCGAUUUUUUCCCAUCAGGGGAUGGUUCGUCUUUCUUUUACCCUUUGAACCCCUUUAGAACACUUGACCCAUUUAUGCAACCGGUAUUCAUGUUAUGCCACGAAUAUUUACAUAAUGUUUCGCGGCACUUCAUAUUUUUAAAGAGCUCAACUUUGUUCCUCCUUCUCGGAACGGAAUACUUGUCUGCUCGUUAUAAAUUAUUUCUUUCUCUUUCGAGCAUCUAUUUUUUGAAGACACUAGACCGUCUUUUUAUUCAAAUAUUUGAGUUGAAAGAGAAGGAUUUUUAUCGUUGUUCAUAAGCGAUGAGAUCAAUGGCUCAAUUGGAAAUUGUAGCUAAUAAUUUCUCGUUAGGAAUAAUUGAUCCGACGCGAACUGAAUUUUGGAUUACCAGCUCGAUGGAUGCCAACCAUCCUUGUAAUCGGGCGGUAUUUGCGGAAAACUCAUGGCAUUUUGUACGGUAAAUCGUUGCACUAUUCCCGAGAAAUCAAGAGAAUUGCUCUUGAAUGAUUAUGAAAUAUUUUUGGAAAUUUCUACUGCAUUCUGUUUGCUGAAUGAGCACUUGAAAUAUAAAAGAAAAAGAGAAAUUAUAUUAUGUAAUUUCUCUAUUUGUUUUCUGGCUUAUUACUUCUGUUUCUUAGUAUAGAAAUUGCUUUCAAUUAAUAUUGCUUCUUGCCACAGGCGGCGUACUAUCUUCUUGUCACAGUGUCAUAAGCACCUCGAGGUAGACACACGUAGGCAGUUUAGUCUGUCGCGAAAUGUAGAAAUACAGUGCGAUACGAGCAUGGAUACGUGCCUUUACGUUUCCCUUAGAAACGUGAGCGUCUGAGGUACACGCGUGCACUUUGCGCCCUUCGUUUCACGUAUCGUCGAGGAGAUUCCACAUGGAAAUUUCUCAUGUAAUAUCGCAGCUCUCUGUGCACCGUAGCUGAUUUCCUUUUCGUGGAUUAACCAUCUCCGACAGAUAGGAAUUGUUGGUAAACGCAUCCCUUUGCCUUUGCGAAGGAGAACAUUCACUUAGUCUCUGUUAUUCGAGGCAUUGUGCAUUCUCUUGAGAGUAUGAUAACAUUCUGAACAGUAUCAGACUAACUCAUACUAAUGUAGAAUAAUUUUCAUUUGCUCUGACCUAUUUACUCGUAGGAUUUCUUACACUUUUCUGAUUAAAUCUUCGAAUAUUUAUCAAAAUGAAUUACUAAAUUUCUAAUCAAUAUGCGGUAAUAAGAUCGCUGUAAUUGCACUGAAAUACUGAAACAAAAUCAAUACAAGAUUCACAAAAGUCCAGACAUCACUUUCACGAUAUACUGCUUCAUUAUGAACCGCAAGCCUGCCAGUUUCUUUCAUUGAUAGACUUAAUUGGCGAGUUCUCGACUUGAGAGCAGAGAUCGGAACAAAGGGGACUCUGUUAAUGCUUAUGCAGCUGUGUCUCUCUUUUCUUUUCUUUCUCGUCUUAAAUCCAUAAAAACGAUCCGCGUACUUAAAACUUUACACCAUCGUACGCGACGAUCGCUAUUUCAUUUCUCUGCAGAACGAUUCAUCCGUAUAGAAAUUCAGUAGCGAAUUUUGCGUAUUACAGUACGCAUUGAACUUUAAUUGCACGCGGUGCAUCGCGCCGAUUACACAGUUCAAUUAUUCCACGGGAAUUCGACGAUAUUCCAGUUGAAUUGUCCUGUCGAAUGUUUACACCAGUUUGCAUAUUUCAGCAUGAAAUUCGCGGAUUUACUUGUUAAUCCGUUUACCAUUUGUUUAUUGUCUCUAAACCUUCUAUUUCUGCAUCAGAUUACAAAUUAAUUGAAGAGUAAUAAAAUUUUAUUUAACGCGUUCAAAUGAUGGUUUAUAGUUUGAUAGAAUGCUAUCUUGUAAAAGAGAAACAUUUAGCGACAGAUUUUCUUCGGAAUUACUGGGAAAUCCUUGGCGUUAACCAAAAGCAACACUGAGUGUCAGUCAUAAUGCCGGUGCAGACAGAUCGUUUGAGCCGUCAUAGCGGAAAAUUACAUAUUACCGCGGCACCGCAAUAAGCAAUUUGCCCGUUGGUACACGUAUUUCCAACGUACUUUGCCCACCCACACUCGGCCACUACUGCGAUCCACUUAGAGAUAUGCACAAAGCCGUAACGAACAGCGGGCAGGCUGAUAUUUAGCGGAAUUCUAUGCAUCUUCUCUGUUGGAAAACCAUUAUUAACGCCUUUUAAUCAUACAAGGUCCUUUGCAUCUCGUGUCAGAUAAAAAUAACACAUUUCUCGAGUAAGUAAUUGACAGUCGUUGAAUUGACAAAAACUGACACAUGGAUGGUUAUAAAUUCAGCGAUGUCGAAGGUGUGAAUCGUGUUCGAAUCGGGAAACGAAGUCGGUAAAGAGACAUAAAUCCUUAAGAAGCGUCACUUGGAAAAACCUAAUCCAUUUAAUCUCUCGAUGAAAAAUCGUUCCACCGCGAUGCUCGUUUCCCUUAUCGCAUUAUUAUUCCUUAUCCCAGAAUCGUAUGUGCGGGGAUGCGGGUGUGUGCAUGCCUCUUCCUGGACGAUUUCCAAAGUUUCAUCUACGCCAUGACUUAUGAUAGCGUUUCUCGUUUUUCUUCAACCAAACCAACGAACACACAUUGAAUUCCGAUAUAGUAUAUUUAUUCACCCAUUCUUACUCUCCUUUUGACAUUCAGUGAUAUGUAAAAUAAUGCACGGGUUAUAAAGAACAGGAAAUCUAUGCGAUUCCGCGUGAGCAAUAAAAAUAUAUUUCAUUUCAUUUUUCAGUCGAAAAUUAUGCAGGACAUUUGAUAUUGUAAUUCAUAAGAUUUCGGGUAAAUGUUUUGGGAUCUCCUGAAAUUUUUUCAUAUUUUCAUCGUUGAACAGAAUUAAAUUUACCAACAAUAUUACUUCCUCCGUCCAUUUGUCUACACCCACGCGCAACUAUUUUAUUCGGUGACAAUAAUUGAACACGGUAUAAAAAAGAAUGUGUGUAUUUUUAAAGCUUCCUGAAAAAUUCAUAUUAUUACAUUCUCUUCUUUGUCCUCGCGUUCAAAGAACUCUCAUACAAAAAAUAAAAGAUAUAAAAUUGUAUGAAACAUCCUGCAACGACUAUCCCUUUUUAUGCUUGCCACAAUUAUUUGUCAAAUUUCCAUCGUCCUCUUUCCUAUUCAUUCGUUCCUCUAACAAACUGGAAGCGACUCUUAGUCGAAACAACGCGUACAGGAAGCUGGUCGAUCUAUCCGUCUCUGCAGUGCUCGUUGCUCGAAUCAGUCGCGCAAUUUUUCAUCGCUGUAAAAACAAAUCGUUCUUAAAACGACGAUCCGCGUCGUUCACCCCGUUCGCUCGUCUUUCAUAAAUCUCGCAGCUGUUCCGACACCCUUUGUUUUCUUAGCUAAGUCAAGAGCCGUGUUCUCGGUUCACGGGUUCGCUACGGAUUCCAUUCUAAAACCGACCUCUUUCGAGCGAAAAUGUCCAUACGCCUUGCAUCGAACGAUUUAAAACAAUUCGGAGCGUGUGAUCCGGCCUCGUCUCGCGAGCAUUUUCUCGCUUCGCCUAAGAUGGGUUCCGUGUUUCUGUUUCGUUGAAAGAGACAAACGGCACCUAUCUCUCGAGCUGAAUGUAAUUGCGUUCCCGUGUAAUAGCUUACGAUAGAUUAUUCAUUUGUCGCGGGAAUCGUCGCUCGAGAAAAUCGCUUCGACGAUCAACAAAGCGGAAUUGCUUAGAAGGUUGUUCCAAUUCAGGAUUACGAUUUUCAUGGCUGAGUGAAUAGUAUCUGACAUGUGUGACGUGUACUAUCGAUCGAUCGAAAGAUUGUUCGGUGACGUAAAAAUAUUCAGUAUAAAUUAUUUGGUAGCUGUUUUACUUAUAAUUUAUUUAUAAUUCAUUUGAAAACAGCUGUGAAAUUUUCCCAGCUCGCCAAGUAAAUUGCAAUUAUCCUUCUCCUUAAUUAUCAAAACACUCAGCCACCCUUUGAAAGUUACGCGGUUCUCGGUUAAAACCGACAGUAUCGUCACCUCUUUCUCCUCAGCCAUUUAGAAAUUCCGGCCACCAGGAUCCGGCAGUUAUUCGAGAACCAACAGAGACGUCCGGGUAACCGGUACCCACAGAGUUUGCUAAUAUUAUUCAACGGGUAUAUGGGCUCCUCUCGCCUAUAACGUUCAGUAAAAGACUUGGGUUAAGAUUAUUCGGGAACACGUUUAAUCUUGUAAACGGCGCAUCGCGAGAGGAGCUCAUCCACGCCUGGAAAACGUUCCCGAAAACGCACACUUUCGUAUUAUUCGCGUGACGGAACAAACGCUGGCACGCUUGCGGGUAUUUCGUUGAGCGUUUAAGCGGAAUUCUGGCCGCACCGAAACGGUGCAAUUACGCGGAGAGGUUUAAUGGCGAGUGUAACGCGGGUAUUCAUCGAAAGGUACGAUAUUAUUAACGAAUGGAUAAUGACCGAUUAAAUUCGACGAUAUCGCGAUGAGUUUUUAUCUUGAUUCGUGUAAUUACGGGUCUUGGAAGGUUUCGGGAAUGAUUGAUUCGCGUGAGUCCGCCACGUGGGCGGCGAUGAUGCUUCCUGAUAAUUUUCGCUCAUCUCUUUUUAAGUAUAGCCUGUCUGGAAUAAGCUAUGUCUUUGAAAUGGUUAAAAAUAGAAAAAGUUAUUAUUCGAAAUAUUUUCUGGGCUUCUUUAUGCAAUCUGUUCUAAGUCUACUUCAGUCGCGAUCCUCUUGGUACGAGACAUGGUUGUUAUACUUAAGAGCUUUCAACUUUAUUAAAAAAUUUUAAUACAAACUUUGUGAUACCCUUCUACAGGCAUAGCAAAGUUUCGUCUAGGAGCUCGAUCCAUUUUCAAACGUGUACUUCUUUGUUACUAUAUGUAAUCGGUGCUUAAACCUACAAAUUUGAGUAAAAUCUAAUCUCUUAUGAAUACUAAUUUCAAUUUUGUGUAACAGUCAAAACUGUUAUCCUCCUCUUAUUUUAAUGUGCACUUCAUCUGAUGCACACGCUUCGUUUAAUAUAUAUUCAAAAUUUCCAACUUCAAUUCUCUCUGUAACCUAUUGUUUUCUGAAACAAGAGAAAAAAAGAGAAACCAUCCAAUUCAAUAUGUAGAAUCCCUGGCAGAGCCAACAGACUGGCGCUCUCCCAAUUCGUCCGACUAAUUAAUUAGCGUUAAUAUUCAUAGGGGCGUCCGCACAAAUGGGCUGCUUUAAAAACAAUUUAAUUAAUCUCCCUCGGGAGGGUGAAGCUUCUUUCACUCGUAACACCGUUCCAUCUUUCUCUUCCUUCUUUCGACGAGCAACCUUUCCAGGUGACAGGGGCUACUGCUACAAAUGUAAUUCAACUUAAUUCCCUCGGCGGGUCUGAACGUCCGCGACAGACGACAAAAUCUGUUUAAUCAGUUCCACUUACUGCUUGAUAAGGAAUUAAGGAACGUGCAGAGCAGCCGGCUUUACGCGAUCCCUGCGCUCUACGUAUUUGCGAUCUUCAUCUCCACUCCGUGCUAUUCGCUUUGUUUUACCUUCGAAUUAAUGUACGGCUCUAUUUGUUGGAGCAAUUUCCUUUUUCUUUCGCUCGCUGUCAGGGCUUUAGGGAUAUGGCGAGAAAAGUCUAUGAGGUUAGAGGUGAACGAACGACAAAGUCUUGACGCGUCAAGUUGUUUCGCUCUUUGAGCUCGAAGGGAUGACAGCGGAAAAAGGGGAUGGCGAACAUGGGGUUGAGAUUGAAUAGAAGAGAUAUUGAUAUCAUAGCGUGGUGAAGGGUAGACUUAAUAAAAGAAGGGAUUCAUUGUUAGUUAUCCGGCAUUAUUUUAUAUUUGAAAUCUUUAGAAAAUGAAACAGAAUCCCUUUUUUUCUUAAAAUACGUAAUUGGAAAGAAGCAUCACGAGUUCCAUAGCGGUUGAAGAGGUUUUCUUUUGACCACGAUAAAUCUUUUUAACGUUUCGUCGCUGCUGGCAAGUACAAUGAACAUUUGGAACUGGUACUCGGGCAUAGCUCCGUCAAUUCACGAUAUUUUUCAAACGAGAGAAAAUCGAUCGGCAAGGAUGACGAGGAGCUGCAUGGUGAGAGCCACUUCCGGCCUCUUCGCGAGAAGAAACGCGUCGCAAGCUAAGAGUUCCUGUCACUGUAAAACGUCUCUCGACGUGCCGCUGUAAAAUGUUUUCGCUUCGUAGAACGCUCUCGACCCGCAUACGCCGUUUUUCAGUCACUUUAUUCCUUACGUUUGCCAUUUUUCCGCCACGUUCAGAACGACCAGCUUUCGAAAGGUUCUGUGAGAGUGGUGAAGAAGAAUCAGCAGUUAAAAAGUAUUAGCACCUGGCCGAGUGCAGUUGAAAUAAUUGAAUACAGUUGUUAAAUUAGGCCUGCUUCCGAGGGUUUUCGAUGAAUCAGCAGACAAAAUGGAAAUCGAUCGCAUCGAUCUUUCGAAAACAGGUACCGUUGGGAGAUGGAAAAAUUCUAGGUACGAGCGUCCAGUGAGUUAUGAAAGUGGACGAAUAUUUGCGGACUGGCUGGAUAACUGCCUUGCUAUCAGGCACCUUGAAGACCUAUCAGCGUGCAGCAUGCGACGAAGAGUUGAUGAUGCUCAAAUGCCCACCGGGUACCAUGAUCUCUGUCGCCUUAGCUCAGUAUGGCAGAGCCGGGGCAAAUGGCACCGGCAGGUGUGGCGCGCUCGAUCCAUCCUUGCUGCUCCAUGACAAACAGACAAAUCAAACUUGCAUCUGGCCCCAGUCGCUACAGUACUCACUGUUACAGACGGUAGUGGAGCAAUGUCACAAGAAGAGGCAAUGCAAGUUCAACACCAGUCCAAAGACCUUUGAAGGCGAUCCGUGUCCUGGACUUCCGAAGUACAUCGAGGUCGCCUACAAAUGCCGUCCUUAUGAAUUCAGAAGCAAAGUAGCCUGCGAGAAUGAUCAUAUCAAUCUUGCCUGCCAUCCCGGACAAAGGGUUGCAAUUUUUAGUGCAUCAUUCGGUAGAACGGAAUAUGAAUCUCAUCAGUGUCCUCAACCACACGAUGUGAAGGAAGAAACGUGCAUCGCACCGCACGCGACGGAAAUCGUGAUAAAUAUGUGCCAUGGGAAACGACGUUGCACCGUGGUGGCGAACAGUUCGACGUUUGGCGAACCCUGCAGCCUAGAGAGCCGAACUUACUUAAAAAUCAUCUACACCUGUGUACCCCGUACGGUGUUACGAGAACAAUACGGGGGUGACGUGGAACCUGACGAAGUGAACUUGAUGCACGAAUUCGAGGAGGGCUUCGACAGGGCAGACUUUAGGGCUGAAUUCAGCCCGAGUCCAAAUCUUGAAGGACCACUUCCGCAACCAAGGGAUAACGUUUCCCGAAAUUUCCCAACGGUCAGCUCAUCUCCACCGCGUGCUCGAACGAACAACGAUGUGGACACACGAUCGAACAAGUUUAAGACACUCGGUGUAGGAGCGAAAGACUCGCCCUUAUCACCCACGAUUAAUCAAGGGACAAUAAUGUUCGACAACAACGUGGACAGUAGCGCUAGAGACGUACCCAGCAGUACCGUGUCACCGAUUAAUUGCACCACGGUUGUCUACGCCGUUCCUGAAGAGGAUCGUGUCGUUGUCGGAUAUAUCAAUGAAUGGAUCAAUGCCUAUUCAUUCAUAUCGAAGAAUCAGGAGAAAUUCUACCUCUACAUCAUAGUGUCGGUCACAGCUGGCAUUCUAAUCUUUCUGGGAUUGGUAAUUGGACGACUUCUUGUCAGCCGUCAUCGCGCGAAGAGAGAUGCAAAAUUUCACGCGAAUAACGAACCGCUUCCUAAUGGAUUUACCGAUGACAUUUCAGAGAUCGAUGCGGAUAUUGAUCUUACGACCGCUAUGCCAGUUCCCAUGCAAGACACGAGGAAUGAAAAUUUGAUUUUCAGAAUCCCAGAAACCCAACUAGCAGAGAGACUUCACGGCGAUCGUUAUUACGCGGACACGAGGAUACCCAUGUCACCCACGACGAUUCACCCCGCACCAGGUCACCACCCUGGUAAAACAGGCGUCAGGGUGGAUCUGGGUAACCAUAUGGUGGGCACUGACAGCCUACACACGAUUUUGCGCCCAGAAAACCCACGGAGCCUGAACACGAAAAGCUAUUAUUACGGCUGACAGGAGGAGGGGGGUGUCCCGCGCGAGGGACGACCCCCGUCCUUGAGCCCGGUACCGGAAGUGAGCACGCGGAAGUACUGCUUUUAAUCGAGAGUUUCUAAGGCACGAGCCACGAACGAAGCCGCUGUAAAGCACGUUCGAGAAUUAAGCGAUCCUCGCCCGUCGAUCGAUCGUUGUUUUCCUCGAGCGGAAGUUGAGUAAUCUUCGUCCUCGCGCCCGGUACCGGAAACAAGCACGUGGUGGUGAUGUUUUUCGUAUUUUCUUUCUAUUUCGCCAACUACUCGUAUUUCGUUAGCCUGUAAUUUAGUGGAUCCAAAAAUUAAUUGGAAAUUUAAUGAUCGAACACUGCGAUACCGGAAGUUCAUUUGAACGCAAGCAUACAAAAUCUGAUAUUUCUCUUAGCGAAAUCGUUUCAUGCGUGCCUAUGACCGACACCGGAAGUGAAUGAGAGCUUUAGACCAUCCGGUUCAAAAAUGUAACACGAGUGUCUGUAAAUACGGCUUCGGUGAGCUGGAGAAUUCGAUCGAUAAUUCUUCGACCACCGAUUGAAAAUUCUUAUUAAUUGUUGAAAAUGCUGUUGUUAUUAGAGGGUGGUAUUUUUAAGAUGAACUCGAAAUUCUGGGUAAAAAUAUAUUAGCAAAAGUUAAAUUGUAAAUGAAGAGAGAAAUAUUUUAUGCGUGUAAUGUUCGUACUGCGACCGGUACCGGAAGUGAGUCGUCAAGUCUGAGAAAGCGACUAUCAUUGUACCUAGAUUUUGAUAUCUAAACGAACGAUUCGCAUUAAAAAGACAAAAGCAAAUUUGAAGACACGAUCGAUGUUAUAGAAAAUUUGCACUUAAGCGAGUUUGUUAGAAAAUUUCCGAAUUAAAAAUAAGACACAAUUAAGUGAAAAUUAGUUACAUUUCAACGACGCGGGAUAGUUGUUUGUAAAGAAAGAAAAAUUGUCUAUAAUCGAUACAAUAAUUUCUAUUUUCUGAAGUCGGAUACUGGAGCGUUUUUAAAUUGUAAGAAUUCUUUAAUUAACCAAACUAAUUAUGAAUAAAAUAUAAUGAUCGAAUUGUACCAGUAACGACGUAGUAAAGUUAAAGGAAAAAUUAACACUGCCUGUUUAACGGUAAUAUUAACAAUAACAAAUUGAUAACCUACGUAUACGUACAAUAAUCUAUUGCCAAGUUAUGUUCUUUCUUUUUAACAAAAAUCACGCACAUGUUUCUUCGGUUGUUUGAAAGCUACAUAAAGAAAUGAUUUCUUGUCGAACGAUCAAGAAGACUGUCUGCAAAACUUACUGCCUAAUCGACGAGAAAACAAAAAUACGGGUCUUUUGUUACGAAUCAGAAUUUUCUGUUUCUCGCUCUUUCGUGGCACAAGUUAUCACGCUCAUCACGCUGCAUUAAUAUAAUCAUACUAAUCAACAGUAUCGCUCAAACUCCUCUCGAUUGAAAUCCAAUACACAGGAACAAGGUGUUAACGAUCAGAUAAAUUGAUUGACGAACGAAAACGACACGAUCGAACGAAACGAAUCGACGAUCGAUCGAUCUCAACAUAUAAUAAUCAUCUCACAGUCUCUAAACAAUUAGCACGUUAAACAAACGAUAAAAAAGAAUACGAGAAAAGUAGAAAACAGGUCGAUGGAGUAUCUAAUCCCGAUCGAUUCGGAUCGAUCGCGAUUAAAAAUCAUGUAAGUAGUCAUAAGUCCUGUGUGAACAGGAAAUCGGUUGAUCUCAACGAAGUUACAGCGGUUUUGUACUUCGACUACAGGUAUGCAAAUGAGAUGCACCGCGAAACGACUUUUAUAGAGAAACGAUCUGUAUGUAUAUCACGCUGUAAAUAGGAACAAUGUAAUUUACUGUAAGUGUUGAGAAAGUUAAUUGAAGAGAGUAAGAGAUAAGAGUGCAUGCGAGAGAGAGAUAGAAAGACAAUGUACCUAAAAAUAUUGAGAGUGUAACUUAAAUCGAAAGACGUUUCUUAUAGUCGUGAAUUACUUUCCGUGCCAUCGAUUUAUCGAUUCUACGACCAUUAAGUAGUUCUUUAACCCAACAUCAACGUUUUAUAGAAGUUCAUUUUUAAGCGGCUGUAAUUUUAGAUUAAUCGUUUCGUCGACCAUCAUUGUUAGCAGAUAAAUAAUGAUAACGUUUAUGCAUUAAUUCUAAGAGAAAAAGUUAUUAGUUCUAUGUAGAUUUUUAUAUUAGCUACGAUUCCGAGGCUCGUUUAUAAUUAAUUUUCUUUUCUACUAUUUCAUUAUUGUUAAGGUUUAACAGGAUUUUGUAAGAUUUUAACCCUUAAAUGACAAAUCAUUUCUCUAACUUUUGUUAUUGAAAUCGAAGAAAUCGAUUGAUAUUUAUUUUUACAAUUAAUUUAGAGACAGAUAUUUCUUUAAAUAUUCUCCCAAAGUAUCGCCUCAUUAAUUAACUGUUAUAUUAUACUAAUGAUAAUAACAUAGUUUAAGAUGCCCGUAAUUUAUUAUCUCCCAACUAUUUCUUUCCUCGUUAAGUUUUUAUUUUACUAUUUUCUUAAAAUCGAUGGACGCGUCCAAGAUAUGUACACUCGGUUAUUAAUAAUCUACCUUGGGUCCAAGAUGACCCAUGGGUAAUGGCUCAACAGAAUGAAAAUUGAAGAGAAACAAAGGUUGAGAUGUUAGAAUGUAUCGAGAUUGAAAGGGUUAAAUAUCGUUCGUAGAUUCACAUAACGCACCACGUAUUCAGUAAGCAUUCUGUUUUUAUAAAUAAACCUAAGCGUAUACCUGUACAAUACGUUAAUAGUGAAUAAUUAUUAUUAAUCAGUUUGUAAUUUAUUUUUAGUAUUUGAGCACUUUUCUACAUUUAACUUUACCAAAGAGACUAAUCUUUACUUUCUUCCUCAUUUAACGGUACGUGACUUUAAAUUUUAAUACUUAUUUCUUUUCUUUAAUAUAAAUGAUUUAAAAUCAAUAUUAUAUUAUAGAAAAUGAAUUAGAUGGUAUGUGAAUUAUUGUAAAUUACAAGGAUUACCAGGACAUCGUUUUCUAUAUUCCAUAAGCAAGAGUGAUCGACGUUUCCAUUAUUAUAUUUAAUACUAUGCAAUUUAUUAUUUAUUCGCACGUACCAUCGUAAAUAAUUAAGAAAGCAUGUAAAAUUGUACCAAAGGAAAAUUAUGAAUAUAAGUAAUUAAGGGGCUCGGAAUCGAAAUGAAGAUUUUUGUAAAUUUUAUUCCACUCAUGUUCGUUUCGAAAUGUUUCAUCAACGAACAUGAAAUCGUCAAAUCAAGAUAACAAUUAUCUGUAUCAUGAUCUGUAAUUUACGUUAUUAAUUUGCAUUCAUUAUUUAUUCGAUAAUAUUGUUCUACAUGAAUGUAAUUUUCCUAUAAUAUAUAACAAUUCACGCAUA